CGCGCGUCCAUGGUGGCGUCACGUGACCCUUUAAUCUUCACUGUAUUUCCGCGUUCACUCUGUUAUCAAUGACUCCUAAUGGAGGUGUACCAGCUGCAUCGCUUUUGUUGUUGUUAUUUCUCUGCCCGGCGGCGGCCCGUCGUUUUCUGCUCUGACUCAAUGACACCUUAACUAACCGGGGAGCUUCCUCCAUCUCCUCCUCCUCCUCCUCAUCCCCAGCAGCAGCCGCUUCCCGUGGAGCCCUGCCGUCGAGCAGCAGCGCCAGCGCGGACGAGCUGGGGGGGAAUCCGGGGAAAGGCAGCCGCGGCGCCACGCACCGGCCGACGGACGCAGCACCGCGGCGCGGCGGCGGCGGCGGCAACAACACCAACAUGCUCACCCGGGUCAAGUCGGCCGUGGCCGGGUUCAUGGGAGGGAUUAUGACCGGCGGGGGCUCGGGCGGGGGCGGGGGUUCGUCUUCGGAUUUGCCGCUGAAAUUCCCUUAUAUGAGACCGGAGUUCCUGGGACUGUCCGCGGAUGAGAUCGAGUGCUCCGCGGACCACAUAGCGCGGCCCAUCCUCAUCCUGAAGGAAACCAGGAGAUUACCGUGGGCCACCGGAUACGCUGAGGUGAUCAAUGCUGGCAAGAGUGCGCUGAACGAGGACCAGGCCUGCUGUGAGGUGGUUGUGGCUAGAAGGAGACCGAUGAGCUACUGUCCCCCCUCCACUCCCAGCAAGACCCCGACGUCCAAGAGACGCAACUCGCUGCCCAAUGGUGAGGCCCUGGGGCUCCGGCCGGAACACAAUAUGGUGGGCGAGGAGACUGAAGGCCUGGUCUUCCACUACUGGGCGCUGUUCGACGGUCACGCCGGCUCAGGCGCGGCGGUGGUCGCCUCCCGCCUGCUGCAGCACCACAUCGCCUGCCAGCUUCAAGCCGUCAUAGAGAUCCUGCGCAACUUCCACUCGCUGCCCCCGACCGUGCUGGGGGAGGAGCCCGACAGCAGCCCCUACCUGCAGGGAAACCCCUCCGGACCCCACCGGGCCCUGACCCGGGCGGCCUCGCUGCGGGGGGCCGCCGGCGCGCCGAGCUCACCGUGCAGCACCCCGCCUCCGCCGCGCCUCUACAUGGAGAAGAAGAUCCAGCACGAGAGCCUGGUGAUCGGAGCCAUAGAGAACGCCUUCAAGGAGAUGGACGCCCAGAUCGAGAGGGAGAAACAGGUGUACAACAUCAGCGGCGGCUGCACGGCUCUCACUGUGGUCUACCUGCUGGGGAAGCUCUAUGUUGGGAAUGCAGGGGACAGCCGGGCCAUCAUCGUUAGAGGCAACGAGAUCAUUUCCGUGUCGACGGAGUUCACGCCAGAGUCGGAACGACAGCGGCUGCAGUUCCUGGGUUACAUGCAGCCGCAGCUAUUGGGGAACGAGUUCACGCACCUGGAAUUCCCCCGCAGAGUUCAGAGGAAGGAGGUGGGCAAGAAGAUGCUCUACAGAGACUUCACCAUGAAUGGAUGGGCAUACAAGACUCUUGAGGAUGAAGAUCUCAAGUUUCCGCUUAUUUACGGCGAAGGCAAAAAGGCCAGGGUCCUGGCGACAAUCGGCGUGACCCGGGGGCUCGGUGACCACGACCUCAAAGUCCACGACUCCAACAUUUACAUCAAGCCAUUCCUGUCCUGUAUUCCCGAGGUGAAGGUGUAUAAUCUGAUGCAGCAUGAGCACGGGACCGAUGACGUCCUGGUGAUGGGAACGGACGGCCUCUGGGACGUCCUGACCAACGAGGAGGUCGCCGAAGCGGUCAGCACCUUCCUGUCCAACUGCGACCCCGACGACUUGCACAGGUACACCAUGGCGGCUCAGGACCUGGUGAUGCGAGCGCGAGGCGUGCUGAGAGACCGAGGUUGGAGGAUCACCAACGAGCGUCUGGGCUCUGGAGACGACAUCUCGGUCUUCAUCAUUCCCUUAAUGUACGGCAACCGGCAGCCCUGACCAGCUUCCUGCUGGACGUAGGCGGCCCGUGACGUCAACACGACGGAUAAGUCCUGGACACAGAAAACUUCUUAGAAUUUGUCCUUUUUAUUUAUUCUCCCUUUUUUUUAUGUGAAGGAUGAAACCAGACUCUGUUGGUGCUUCGUUUCUCUGAAAUGAGAUUGCGAGCGGUGCUUCUUUAGAGCCUGAGGUCAUCAGUCGGAAACAUUUAAGCUAGCAAAAGAAAGCAUGUUAAAGGGUUAUAAAGGCGGUAAAGGCCACAACUAUACAUGCACUAAUGAAAUACGGGAAAACAGUUUUCCUCUUGCCGUCCCUUUCUCCUCUAUCCUGUUUGGUGAAUUUUAUUGUUCUGUUGUGUGAACUUGGACCCAGCUGACAGGUCAGCUGCUUUUCUUUUUUUCUUUUUUUUUCCUCCGUUUUGCCACAAUGUGGCUUUUGAAGCCUCGGUUGCGGAGGAACCGCGUCACCUUUGUAGGACACAUCAAAGAAGGGACGGCGAGAACGUUGAAGGUGACCUCACUGAGGAGAAUCCUCCUCAAACCUCCUGGACCAACAUUUGGGACGUUACCUGCGCAGGUUGGUUCUAACAUUUACGCCGUCGAGCUGAUAUAAAGUCUGGGUUUAGUACAAGUCAUUAGAUCUCGGUUGAAUUGUAUUUAAAUAAUAUGGGUUUUACCUUUUUACUGUGUUGCACACUAACUGACAUGAGUUAAUGUUCUUUAAUAAUGCACUUUUCUUCGGCAUUUGUUUUUGUUUUUUGCUUCAGAGUUGCAGGACAUUUUCUGUCGACCUCAAACUACAGAGCCUUGCAAAAGUAUUCCAAGCACUUUAGGUUUUUUUUUUCAUAUGCACAUAUGUAGUGCGUAUGUAUAAAAAUAAAAAUAAAAAUACAAACCCUUAAAAGCAUUUGUUGCAUUUCUAUUCGGCGUCCCUAAAUCAAGAUUAUGUAAAACCACCUUUUCCUGUAAAUAUGGGUGCAAGAAUUUGGGGAUAAGCCUCUACUACCUAUGGACAGUCGCUGAUUGGAUGGAGAACGGCUGAACAUUCAUCCGCCCCUUGUCUUAUAGCUUUUCAUAUUCUGCACCUUUUAAUCUGGUGCCCUUAAAUAAAAUCUGCGUAGGAAUACUUUUGCAAGAAAGGGGGUCUAAAAUGUGUAGAUUUUAAUUUUUACAUUACAUCUACUGCAUUUCCAAUUCUAGUUUCUUUAUAUUUUUCCUUCCUGAGAGCCAGACUUUAUUUUUGUCUUUUUAAUGUGGUAUAGAGCAGUAGAGCCUUUGAAGAUUUCUCUGCUGUUCAGUCAUUAUCAGUCCCAGUACUUGAUAUAUAAGUGCACAGUUUUCGGGUCUGUUGGAUUAAACCACUCAAUGUUGAACUUUUUUAUUGUACUAGAAUGAUUAAGAGUUUACUAGUUUAGGGAAAAGUAGAAAAACAUUCGAAUGAAAGCUUUGACAAAGCUGCAGACCGACUGGAGAACUACUUCUAAGGACCAAACAAAGCAAAGGGGGGGAAAAGUGUGUACUUGUAUAUAUUUUAACCUUUACCAGAAAUAUACUUUUUGUAGUCGUUUUUUUUUUUUUUUCCAGUGCCAAUCUAAGCCAACAAAGGUUGUAGCAUCAAAUUUAGAUUGGAAGCAGUAUAUAAAAUCACCUCAAAGACUCAACAUUAGAUCGAAUGACUUGUAUCUCAGUGCAGUUACACUCUGGGAGCCAUGACACGAAAAGCGAGGUGGCAAAUAUUCCCUGCAGCAGGGAGAGUUUUAUUAAACCUAAAAUACAAUCAUUCUGAGCAAAAAAAAUAAAAUCUAAAAGCUUUUUCUUUCUGUUUAUUACUACAUUGUUUUGUGUUUUCAGAUGCUUUAGAUUGAUGUUGCCUGAGCUGAAAGUAACUCGAUGUAGGGAUGUAGUUUAGUAUAUGCAGUAAUUUAUUUUAGGCCAGGGAUGAGUAACGGUGCAAUGGUUUAAUUUGCUGUUCCUCUUUUUGGACUGAUUUGUGUUUAUGUAAUCUAUCAAUAUUAUGUGUUGUUUUUGAAGGUCCAAAGAUGACAUUUCUAAGACUUGUAUUUCUGUUUGCUUUGGAAGCUUCUAGAGGUUUAUAGCAAAAGCUACAGGAUGACAUUAAAAAUGUGAAGAAAAUUGCUAAUGGAUUUGUAUAAAGCCAAAUAUGGACAGUUUUUGCACACUUACGUCAUUUAGCACUUACUUGGUGGGCUUUAGAAAGACAAAUGAGUCCAGAAGAUGAGAAAAGCAUCCGCUGAAAAAGAAAUUGCUUAAACUGCUUACUUUUAAAAGAGCGUAAGGGACAAAACAGUAAAGGCCACAUAGCAGAUAUUAGAAAAACAUCUUAGUUAAGGCAAGGCAAAUUUAUUUAUAUAGCACAAUUCAGUACACAGACAAUGCAAAGUGCUUUACAUGAUUAAAAUACAGGAAAUAAAGCUGACUUUCAUCCAGGCUGCUUUACACUUAGCUAUGAACCGCUCCAGUGCAUGCUGCAGGUCAGAGCCUAAAAAGCGCAAGUCUAUGCUUUAAGAUCGUGUCCAUGAACACCACAAACAGGUGAAGGGCCUUGGCGGAGUCCAAUGUGCACUGGGAACAAGCUCGACUUUGUGCAUAAAAUGCAGACAGCUUUUGCCCUGGGCAUACAAGGGUCUGAUGUCCAUUAAAAAGGUGGCAUAUUGUGUUUUUUAAUCCUUCCUUUUCUAAUUUAAAUAAUUCAGUUGUGGUCAAUAUAUAAAGUGGAACUACAAUGCUUUGGUCUGAAUUUCUUGCUAUUGUAGCUAAACCCCUCUUUUACUCUUGUUCUGAGGUAUGUUUGAGAGCAACUAGUUUUUGUGUGGUCUUUUUAAAUGCAAAAGAGGUCAAGAAACAGGAGCUAAAAGCUAAUAUUAGGGGUAUUUGGUUGGAGCCAGCGUUCCAUUCCACCCCGUUCGGCCAUUUUUGCAGUAUGCUCGGCGAUGAUGUGGGUUAAUACACCAACAUUUUCACUUUUCCACUUGUAGCUUCGGCAUCCUUGGGCUUGGAAUACAAAAUCUUUGAGAGAAAUAAAAAUGACGGAUUUGUGAAAAUGGUUAGCCAGAAGUCCAUGACCUUUUUAAAGCGAUUAUGCAGCAAAUACUGUGACGUUACUGUUCACACAAAAAAAA